AUGAUCCCUCCAAAGCAACCCAACAAGUUCGCCAAGAUCCCCGAGUUCGAGACGCUCCAGCUUCACGCCGGCUACGAGCCCGAAGGCACCACAGGUGCCCGCGCGCCACCGAUCUAUGCUAGCACGAGCUAUGUCUUCAAGAACUCAGCACACGGUGCCGACCUGUUCGGCCUGCGUACAAACGGUAACAUAUACUCGCGCAUGGGGAACCCGACGGUUAGCAUGUUCGAACAACGCAUGGCUGCACUCGAGGGCGGCGUCGCUGCCGUGGCUACGGCUAGUGGUCACGCAGCGCAGUUCAUGGCUAUCUCUUGCAUCGCAAGUGCAGGCGACAACAUCGUUUCCUCGUCAUAUUUGUACGGCGGGACCUACAACCAGUUCAAGGUGUUCAUGAAGAAGUUCAACAUCACCAUGAAGUUUGUCCAGAGCGAGGACCCAGCCGAGUUCGCCAAGGCGAUCGACUCGAAAACAAAGGGGAUCUACGUCGAGAGUAUCGGCAACCCCAAAAACACUGUCGCUCCUCUGCCCGAACUCGCGAAAGUCGCGCAUGAUAACGGUAUCCCCUUGCUUGUCGACAACACCUUUGGCAUGGGUGGCUACCUCGUUCGCCCCUUCGACCACGGCGCCGACAUCAUCACUCACAGCGCGACGAAGUGGAUCGGUGGGCAUGGCACAGUCCUUGGUGGGGUCGUCAUCGAUGGCGGCAAGUUCGACUGGGCCAAGUCUGGCAAGUUCCCCGACUUCACCGAGCCUGCGGAGGGCUACCACGGCAUGCGCUUCGUCGAGCGCUUCGGCGACGCUGUCUUCGCCGUCAAGUGCCGGCUCGACGUCCAGCGCGACCUCGGGCCCUGCAUGGACCCCUUCCCCGCAUUCAUGCUCAUGAUGGGCAUCGAGACUCUCAGCCUCCGCGCCGAGCGCCACUCCGAAAACGCGCUCGCGCUCGCGCAGUGGCUCCAACAGCACCCCGCAGUCGCCUGGGUGUCCUACCUCGGCCUCGAUAGCCACCCGUCGCACACAAUGGCGCUCCGCAUCCUGAACCGCAAGGGCCAGUUCGGCGGCAUGCUCAACUUCGGCAUCAAGGGCGACGCCGCGGUCGGCGCCGCGGUCGUCGACGCCAUGAAGCUCGCGAGCAACCUCGCCAACGUCGGCGACGCGAAGACGCUCGUCAUUCACUCCGCGACGACGACGCACCAGCAGCUGACCGCGCAGGAGCAGAUCGAGUCUGGCGUCACCCCGGACCUCAUUCGCGUGUCGGUCGGCAUUGAACACAUCUCGGACAUCAUCGCCGACUUUGAGCUCGCGCUCAAAGCCGUGCCUGUGGAUAAGUGA